CGAGCGGCCGGCGGGUGGGUGGGGAGUCCCUUCUUGGGGCGAGGGUCGGAAGGAACUGCGGUGGGAGCUGAGGCGGUCUGGCCCACCAGCCGGAGUGGGGGCAUCUGCAGCGCAUCUGGCUUUUCCCAGCCUCAUCUCAGCGGGGUCCUCCCCGCCCCCGUCGAAUCCCCAUUUGGCAGAUGAGAAGAUUGAGGCUAGGAGAGGCCAAGUGAUUCUCAAGGUCACACGACGAGAAAGCAGCAGAGGAAGGCGGGGACGGCUCUGGGUGGCUCCUUGGAAAAGUCCUCCAGAGAACUCCUUAGAGGAGCUCCUCGCACCCCCAGCCUGGGGGAGCAGGUGUAGGGGCUGGGUACCUACCCAGGGGGCCAAGCUCUGUCAGGGUAUGGCAAUGAAGGGAGUCAGGGCGCUGGGGCCGCAGGGGCGGGCCCUGGACCAUGAGCGAAGGAGGAGGAGGUGGAAUGGGCGUGUGCGCACCCACGGGGCUGUGUGCAUGUGUGUGGGAGAGGGAACAUGCGUGGAAAUGCAGUUUUGCGUGUGUGCACACGUGUGCGGAUAUCAGCACCGCCGAGGCCUGGCUCCACUGAACAGCAGGUGCGGGAAGCGACCUAGUCCGAGGGACUGCGUUCCGGGGUCGGGGAGCUGGGUAUGUGUGCCUGAGAGCUCCUUUCUGCAGGGUGGGCCGGAAGCCUCUCCGCGGGUCUGUUUCCCAACUGACUGGUUGCACCAUCCCAGGCCAGACCGUUUAACCCCGGGAGUGGCCGCUGCGGACAACUCCGCCCCUGCCCAGCAGGGGGCGUGCCCGCCCCGCCCCGUUCCUGCCCGCGGGCCGCUCCCCCAGCUCGUGCCUCUGCACUCCUGCUCUCCCUCUCCGGGUAGGGGUCCGGUCCCAGCUCCGUGUAAGACUCCCGAAGCGCAUCUUGGGCCAAGGCCACCCGUGCCGGCGGCCAUGGCGAGCACCCUGGACCUGGACAAGGGCUGCACGGUGGAGGAGCUGCUUCGCGGCUGCAUCGAAGCCUUCGAUGACUCCGGGAAGGUACGGGAUCCGCAGCUGGUGCGCAUGUUUCUCAUGAUGCACCCCUGGUACAUCCCCUCCUCUCAGCUGGCUGCAAAACUACUCCACAUCUACCAGCAGUCCCGGAAGGACAACUCUAAUUCAUUGCAGGUGAAAACAUGCCACCUGGUCAGGUACUGGAUUUCGGCCUCCCCAGCAGAAUUUGACCUGAACCCAGAGCUGGCUGAGCAGAUCAAGGAGCUGAAGGCUCUGCUGGACCAAGAAGGGAACCGCAGGCACAGCAGCCUCAUCGACAUCGAGAGUGUCCCCACCUACAAGUGGAAGCGGCAGGUGACCCAACGGAACCCCGUGGGACAGAAAAAGCGUAAGAUGUCCCUGUUAUUCGACCACCUGGAGCCCUUGGAGCUGGCAGAGCAUCUCACCUACUUGGAGUAUCGCUCCUUCUGCAAGAUCCUGUUCCAGGACUAUCACAGUUUUGUGACUCAUGGCUGCACUGUGGACAACCCAGUCCUGGAGCGAUUCAUCUCCCUCUUCAACAGUGUCUCGCAGUGGGUGCAGCUCAUGAUUCUCAGCAAGCCCACGGCCCCGCAGCGGGCCCUGGUCAUCACGCACUUUGUCCACGUGGCAGAGAAGCUGCUGCAGCUGCAGAACUUCAACACGCUGAUGGCGGUGGUCGGAGGCCUGAGUCACAGCUCCAUCUCCCGCCUCAAGGAGACUCACAGCCACGUUAGCCCUGAGACCAUCAAGCUCUGGGAAGGUCUGACAGAACUAGUGACGGCCACGGGCAACUAUGGCAACUACCGGCGCCGGCUGGCAGCCUGUGUGGGCUUCCGCUUCCCCAUCCUGGGUGUGCACCUCAAGGACCUGGUGGCUCUGCAGUUGGCUCUGCCUGACUGGCUGGACCCUGCCCGGACCAAGCUCAACGGGGCCAAGAUGAAGCAACUUUUCAGCAUCCUGGAGGAGCUGGCCAUGGUGACCAGCCUACGGCCCCCGGUGCAAGCCAACCCUGAUCUGCUAAGCCUGCUCACAGUAUCUCUGGAUCAGUAUCAGACAGAGGAUGAAUUGUAUCAGCUGUCCCUGCAGCGAGAGCCACGCUCCAAGUCUUCGCCGACAAGUCCCACAAGCUGCACCCCACCUCCCCGGCCUCCGGUACUAGAGGAGUGGACCUCGGCUGCCAAACCCAAGCUGGACCAGGCCCUUGUGGCGGAGCACAUUGAGAAGAUGGUGGAGUCUGUGUUCCGGAACUUUGACGUCGAUGGGGAUGGCCACAUCUCACAGGAAGAGUUCCAGAUCAUCCGUGGAAACUUCCCUUACCUCAGCGCCUUUGGGGACCUCGACCAGAACCAGGAUGGCUGCAUCAGCAGGGAGGAGAUGGUCUCCUACUUCCUGCGCUCCAGCUCUGUGCUGGGUGGCCGCAUGGGCUUCGUACACAACUUCCAGGAGAGCAACUCCUUGCGCCCAGUCACCUGCCGCCACUGCAAAGCCCUGAUCCUGGGCAUCUACAAGCAGGGCCUCAAGUGCCGAGCCUGCGGUGUCAACUGCCACAAGCAGUGUAAGGACCGCCUGUCCGUGGAGUGCCGGCGCCGGGCCCAGAGUGUGAGUCUGGAGGGGUCUGCGUCCUCACCCUCUCCCACACACACCCACCACCGCGCCUUCAGCUUCUCCCUGCCGCGCCCAGGGAGGCGAGGCUCCCGGCCCCCAGACAUCCGAGAGGAGGAGGUGCAGACGGUGGAGGACGGAGUGUUUGACAUCCACUUGUAACAGCGGUUGCUGUGACUCGAUCAAGGACUCAUUCCUGCCUUGGAGAAAAGACUUGGACCAGAGCAGGGCGCCUGGGGGUGCUGGGGCAGGAGACUGGGGUUGGGGUGGGAUGUGAGGGUGUAGCAUGUGACUAAGGACAGGGCCGGGGCUGGUGUCCCUAAGGCUGUACAGACUCUUGUGAAUAUUUGUAUUUUCCAGAUGGAAUAAAAAGG